AUGUAUGGUGGUUGCAUACCAAAUUUUCAAGUCAUUUGUCAAGGAGGUGGUCACAUGGGUUCACAAGAUGAUUACAUAAUGAAAGAGUUGCAAAAUACUGAUUGGCCAAAAUCUGAAUAUGAAACAACAAGUCCUAUUACUCUAGAAGAAUGUACAAAAUCUUGUUUGCAAGAUUGCUUAUGUGUGUUGGUUACUUUCAGUGGAAAUUCUUGUUGGAAGAAGAAGCUACCGCUCACAAAUGGGAGAAGAGAUAAAGGAGUAAAUGGAACUUCUAUUAUAAAACUGAUGAAAAAUAAUGAAUUCUUGAUCUCUUUCCCAAACCAAAAGGAUCAUGAGACCUUGGUCAUUAUUAUAUCAGUUCUUUUAGGCUUCUCUGUGUUGGUCAUUUUAAUGUUGGUUGGUGCAAUAUAUUUUGGUUUCUCCUACAACCGUAAGAAGAUCAAAAGUAGUAGAACCAAAAAUCAUGUUGUUGAUAAUAUCUUGCGUAACUUCACCUUCGAGGAACUUGUAGAAGCAACAAGAAACUUUAGUGAUGAAUUGGGAAGGGGAUCUUUUAGCAUUGUCUACAAAGGAACAACAAAGAUGACUAGUGUGGCUGUUAAGAAAUUAGACAAGUUGUUUCAAGACAAUGACAAGGAAUUUCAGACAGAAGUGAAUGUAAUAGGUCAAACUCAUCAUAGGAAUUUAGUUCGUCUACUUGGAUAUUGUAAUGAAGGACAACACCGAAUUUUGGUAUAUGAGUUUAUGAGCAAUGGCACUUUAGCUAGCUUCCUUUUCACCCCUUUGAAAUCAAAUUGGAGACAACGAGUUGACAUUGCUAAUGGGAUUGCGAGAGGUCUUGUUUACUUGCAUGAGGAAUGUUGCACCCAAAUCAUCCACUGUGACAUAAAGCCACAAAAUAUCCUUCUAGAUGAUCUAUGUAAUGCCAGAAUUUCUGAUUUCGGAUUAGCAAAGCUGUUACUGAUCAACCAAAGCCACACUGAAACUGGAAUUAGGGGAACGAAGGGGUAUGUUGCACCAGAUUGGUUUAGAAGUUCACCAAUCACUACUAAGGUUGACACUUAUAGUUUUGGUGUGGUGCUAUUAGAGAUAAUUUGUUGUAGGAGGAAUGUAGAAAAGGAACUUGUUGAUGAAGAAAAAGGGAUAUUGACGGAUUGGGCAUAUGAUUGCUACAAGACUAGAAGAUUAGACAUUCUUCUAGAAAAUGAUGAUGAAGCUAUUAAUAACAUUAAGACUUUUGAAAAAUUUGUAAUGAUAGCUAUUUGGUGCAUUCAUGAAGAUCCCUCUCUUAGGCCAACAAUGAAGAAGGUUUUGCUAAUGCUGGAAGGAAUAGUUGAAGUUUCAAUACCCCCAAAUCCCUACCUUUAUGGUUCUACUGGUUAA